UCUCUUGUCAUACCGGCGGAAAUGGAGGAUUGGAAAAGUUCAGCUGUGGCGUAAGAAAUUAGAAAAGCUAGACCGAAAGUUCUUGUAUAGAUCUGUGUCAACUUUCACGAAUUUACGUCGCACAGUGAAGACUCCAUCUAGUAUUUAAGGCAGUCGACAGACGGAAAUUGUUGUAUUUCUACGAAGAAAUUGUUGCUCAUUGACUCAGCCAUGUCGCUGAAGCCGAGGAUCGUGAACUUCGAGGAGACGUGGGGGCGACUACUAGAGACGGUUCAGUCGGUCAUUCAGCUCGGGGACAUCAAACGAGGAACGUGGAGUGACAGAUUUUCUGAUGUGUAUGCUCUCUGUGUAGCUUUCCCUGAGCCUCAUAGUGAAAGGCUGUACAAUGUGACUAAAUUAUUUCUUGAAGAGCAUGUGGAUAACCUCAGAAAGCAAGUAGCGGGCGCUGGAGAAUCAUUGCUAUCACAGUACCACAGAUUCUGGCAGCAGUACAGCAAAGGAGCUGCGUACAUGGAUCAACUCUACUCAUAUCUGAACCAGCACAUACGCAAGCAGAAGAUGAGCGAAGCAGACAGGAAUUUUGGAGCUUUUACAGAUACCAUAGAAGAACAGCUGAUGGACAUAGGCGAGUUGGCCCUGGACAUCUGGAAGAGAUUGAUGAUCAGACCCCUUGAUAAAUGUUUACAAGAACUUCUUCUCAGAGAAAUGCUCAAGGAUCGAGCAGGAGACGACACCCAGCACACUGUCCUCCAUAGUGUCAUUAAUUCACUGGUUGAAGUAGAGCAGUACAAGAAGAAACAGCAGCUCAAGCUUUACCAAGAUCUGUUUGAGAUCAAAUGCUUAGAGCAAACGGGAGCAUUCUACAGGAAAGAGUCAGCCAGGUUACUGCAAGAUCAUGACUGUUCACAAUAUAUGGGCAAGGUGUUACAAAGAUUACAAGAGGAACAGCUAAGGAGUCGAAAGUUCCUUCACCCCAGCUCCUACCAUCGGGUACUAGAGGAGUGCCAGAAGAGAAUGGUAGCAGAUCACAUGUCACUAUUGCACUCUGAAUGUAGAACAAUGGUUAGAAAAGAGCAGAGACAAGAUCUUUCGAGAAUGUACGAGCUUCUAAAACCAAUCACAAGUGGUCUGAGCAUCAUGGUUGAGGAGUUAGAAGCACAUAUAAUAGAUUCGGGUCGGCAAGCUAUAGCUGGGCUACAUGGUGACAAUAUACCGGCCCAAUUCGUAGAAGCAAUGCUGUCACUUCACAUCAAGUUUUCAGAAAUGAUAACGACAGUCUUCAAUAAAGAUCAGCUCUUCACAAAAUCAUUAGAUAUGGCAUGUUCAUCAGUAGUCAACAAGAAGCUGUCUUCAAAACACAAUUCAUGUAGAUCACCAGAAUUGCUGGCGAGGCAUUGUGAUGCAUUACUGAAGAAGAGUUCGAAAGGGAGCAGCGAAUCAGAACUAGACGACAGGUUGGGGCAAUGCAUUCUGGUCUUCAGAUAUAUAGAUGACAAAGAUAUCUUCCAGAGGUUCUAUGCACGUAUGUUAGCUAAGAGGUUAAUACAUGGUCUAUCAACGUCAAUGGAUGCAGAGGAAUCAAUGAUCAAUAAACUAAAGCAAGCGUGUGGGUAUGAGUUCACGAAUAAGCUACAUCGGAUGUUCACAGAUAUGGGCGUCAGUGACGAUCUCAAUAACAAGUUUGCCAAGUUUAGCCAAGAGAAAGAGACAGACCUCGGAAUCAACUUUUCCAUCUAUGUCCUCACAACUGGUUCGUGGCCCCUCGGUCAGUCCGCUCUCACACCGUUUGCAAUAUCACAAGAGCUGGAGAAGAGUGUCAGAAUGUUUGAAAUUUUCUACAGUGAAAAGUUUCCAGGAAGGAAGCUAACAUGGCUACAUCAUUUGUGUACAGGUGAGCUAAAGCUGAACUAUUUAAAGAAGCCGUACAUAGUAACUACCACCACGUUUCAGAUGGCCGUCUUACUCAUGUUCAACAACCAAGACACUGUUCAGUAUUCGGAGCUCAUCAAUAGUUCUCUCAUCAACGAGAAGGAACUCAGUAAAACAGUCCAGUCUCUCAUUGAUACCAAGUUCAUCGAACAAAACCAUGAGGGUCCAAUCACAGAGAACACAAGCUUCACACUAAAUCUGUUGUACUCCAACAAGAGGACAAAGUUCAAGAUUACGACAGCCGUUCAGAGAGAUCCCCCUCAGCAAGAAGUAGAACAAACCCACAACGCAGUAGACGAGGACAGGAAGCUGUAUCUACAGGCAGCAAUCGUCAGGAUAAUGAAAGCACGCAAGAAACUUAGGCAUAAUAUACUCAUACAAGAGGUCAUCUCUCAGGCCAGGUCACGGUUCUCGCCCAGUGUCAGCAUGAUCAAGAAGUGCAUCGAGGCUCUCAUCGACAAGCAGUACUUAGAGAGGACGACCAAAGCCGACGAGUACGCGUAUGUGGCAUAGCCUUGCCUGUAUAUAGACCCACUCCCUCAGUAUCCUGUGAUGUUCAGACAUGUCAUGCUGCAGCAAACCUUAUGGUGCAUUUGGGAAAUGCAUGCAGGAAAUUGAUAUCAUGAACCAUAUUUCUCGUGACUCCUGCUUGUCGGUAAAAGCAGAAACGAUGCUGCAGCAAGAUCGCGAUUUCCCGGGUACAAAGUGGACACGACAUUGCAGGAGAUUCCUAAAAAGAUUGGCUCACUCUUGAGGAUGGAACGUUUGUGCGACUCUGCCAUCGAUAGAGCCCGAGGAUAGCGAACUGAACUGAACCGAAGAGAAUCGUCCAUGAUCUUUGAAUGAAUAAAAAUGUCUUUUGAUUAUCCACACCAGAUACAUUACAGCAGACUACAGUCAUAUGUUUUGCAGAAAAUGUUGUUGGGAUUACUUCUUACUGCUUGAUUUUUAUAAUCACUGUAUCAACGGACAUGGGAUGGGAACGCUGGACAUAAUCUGGAUUUUCAUAACGUCUGUAAUAGUGAGCUUCGCAGUUAUUUUUACCCCAGUCAUCAGCUUCAUACCAAAAAACAAUGAUUGGUAUGUGCACCAUCUCCAUUUCUCCACUCCCUGAGGAGUAUUUCCACUAUAUAACUACUUCACUGAGAGGGCAUGUGCAGAAGGCGGUAUAUGUUACCACUAUAGACGGGUGGCCUUUAUAGAAAGGUUGCUGAUAAAACAGGUUUGACUGUACAUGUACUAAAAAAUACAUGUACAUGCACUUUAUCAUGGCAGCAAAGCAUUUCAGUUCAAAAUUGUACUCUUGAAAGUUCAGAUGUGAAUAUUUUCCAAAAAUUAAAACAGAAGGGGUUAAUUAAUUACUUGGUACAAAAGCUUUCUCGAUGUUGAUGAUCUGAGAGUAGGUACAAUUGCAUGAAAAGUGACUUUCUGUUUAUAGUCUCAGGGUAAUUUUUUAUUUUAAUUGUAUUUAUUAUCAUCUUUUUAUUAUUUUCGACUAUUAAAAUGUGCAUUCUGUACCAAGUUCUCUAAGUUGCUGUUUGAAUGAAAAGGAAUGGGUUUUGCACACUUGGGGCCAGACAUCGAAUAGGAGGCGUGUUAAUUCUUUAACACCUGACUCUAUGGCAUGUCCAAGAACUGUCUCAAGAAACAAACCCCUGUUUGCAACAGGGCUCAAGGGACAAAAAUAUAUUCAGAGAUACAAGUACAGUAUUCCUUAGGGCCGCAGCUAACCAAACAACAUCUGGAUUUUGAAAGUAAUAGCUAUAGAAAAGGCAAUUCUGAAAACGUAAAUGAAUGAAUACUUGAAUGGUCAUAUCAAUAAUAAUGGUGGCUUCUUAUAUACAUGUAGCGCAAAUGUCUAUUAUGCUGCGACACUCCUGGUGCUCCAUUAUUACCCCGGUCACAGCCGGCAGCCGGCAGCCAACUAUGUGGUGCUCUGGCAUAUCAGGGGGGCGUUUCACAAAACUUG